CCCGCUCUUCCCCACCGCGGCAAUUAGUGAAGCCGGUACAGCGGCCAAAUAGACUACCUUAGUCAACGGCAACCUAACUAGCCGGCUUCCGCGCUAACUCAAACACCGCAAACUGGUUGCUUUUGCUUCCUUUUCGCUCUAUAUAGUAGAUCAAGUGACCAUGUUUUACCAUUGUACGCGCACUUAAAUACUUGCGCGGAAAGAGACACGCCCCUUUACUAACUGCUGACUCAGCACUAAGUGCGGUGGUCGUGGCUUCCGCGAGGUGAAGGGGCCCAAUGGCGGUGGUGCGAAGCCUUGCAGGCCACUCCAACUACGUCUGGACGGCCAGCUUCUCGCUGGACGGCUCACACGUGGUCACGUGCUCCUCGGACGAGACGGCGCGCGUCUGGAACCUUGCAGACGGCGGCUCAACGGCAAGUAUGCAAACAAACACAACACAACAGCUAGACAUUCACAUUUUACAGUUUCCAGGGGGACCCCUGGGACAUCAGUUUUGUCGAUCACGUGACGCUCACGUGAUAUUCCGCGCAUGCUCACAACACACGUACAGGUAGCCACACUGAGAGGUCACAACGGGGUCGUGAGGGCGUGUCAGUUUUCUCCUGACUCUCGUCUCAUAGCAACAUGUUCUUGGGACAAGACCAUAAAGGUCUACUUCACUCAAAACUUUCAGCUGGCAUACACACUACAAGGUCACAAGUUCGGAGUCACUGACUGCGAAUUCUCACCGUCCGGGAGCCUCCUAGCAACGACCAGUUGGGACGACACAGUCGGACUGUGGGACGUCGAAACAGGACAAUUAGUCCGCAGUCUCAACGGUCACAGUAGCGCUGUGUCUUCAUGCUCGUUUGGAGUUGGAGGCAGCUUCCUCGCGAGUGCGUCAUGGGACGGGACGGUACAGGUAUGGGACAUGUCGACGAACUCUCCGGCCGUCACUCUGAUUGGUCACGAGGAGUCGGUGUACGACGUGGCUUGCAGCCCAGUGGAGCCGGGAAUCCUGGCUAGUUGCGGCAGGAAGGGAAUGGUGGCCUUGUGGGACGCAAGAAGUCGAGGCCACCCAGAGAGUUUCCAAGGAGACCAACUGUCUUGUUUCUCCCCAAACGGCUCACAGCUGGCGUCUGGCAACGACCUCUGCCAGCUACAGCUCUGGGACCUCCAGCAAGUCAAAGUGUCUUCAUUCCAGGCCGUUACCCCGGCAACCCUGUCCUCUCACUCCGGGGUAGUAUACGGGGUAACUUACUCCGGUGACGGAGCCUACCUCGCUUCGUGUUCAUCAGACCUAACCUGUAAGAUAUGGAGUCUAGCUGGUCAUCCAGCUAUUGCUGACUUGGCUGAUAGCUUAGCCUCCAUGCUUAGUAUUGGUAAGUAGCAAUACUCGAUUUUUACGUUUUUUCCAACUUGGAAAUAUUUUUGUGUUUUCGAAGUGUUGUACGGUUUUAGGAAGGUAAAAAACAAACAAACGUUUUCCAAAUCGAAAAAUAAGUUCAUAACAAGAAUUGAAUAAUGAUAAAAAAAUAUUAGUCGGAAAAGGAGGUAAUAAAAUAUUAACAGAAGCCACACCUAUUAUAAAGUUGAUAAAAAUCAGUGCAGGAGACAUUUUUCAAAAAUUUAAUUUCUAUAUACAUAUUAGAAUGACUUUAAAAGAAUGCUAAUUAAUUACUGUCGUCUUCCUCGAUCUGACAUCGUCCGGUGCAAAUGAAAUUAAAAACGUAUGCAAACCCGAUGAGGAUGAACACUAGGAUCAUCGCCAAGGCAACGAUCCAGCCGCAGAGAAUGAGGAACAGUAUCCAGCCAAAGAUGAGGAAGAUGGCGGUGAUGGGACCGGCCUUGUGGGGUUUGUACCACGCUCCCCCCGGGUCAGUGUGGAACACCUUCCAACAGCAACCAUGUGGACGCUCCUCUGCAAUGGGAGGUGGAGAGGAGAGGAGGUGCCGUGGUGGCCUCCUCGUCCUCGAAUCCACUAAACCUCUCCUCGGCACUCCCUCCUCCCAUCAUACGUCUCAGUGUCGGUCUGAUCGGUACUAUCAGUGGCAGGGCCUUCUUUGCCGCUUCCUACGGUCAACAGACGGAAUAAAUCACAAGACAGACU